AUGUCAAAUUUCAAAUAUUUUCCCAGCUUUCCCAUUUCUUUAAAUUUUGCAUUUUUACCUGCUGAAUUUUCUUUCUUUUUUGAUAUUUUUCUAAUACAUUUUUUAUUUUUAUUUAUCUUUCUGUUAUAUUCCCAUCUACUAUCGUAUUACAUUCAUUAUUUUGUCUUCCUUCAUUUUUCUUUCUCUCUUUUUUAUCACUUUUCUUUCAUUUAUCUUUCUUUCUUUUUUUAUCACUUUUCUUUCAUUUUUCUUUCAUUCUUUUUUUAUCACUUUUCUUUCAUUUUUCUUUCUUUCUUUUUUUUAUCACUUUUCUUUCAUUUUUCUUUCUUUCUUUUUUUAUCACUUUUCUUUCAUUUUUCUUUCUUUCUUUUUUUAUCACUUUUCUUUCAUUUAUCUUUCUGCUGCAUUCCAAUCUACUUUCAUAUUUCUUUCUUUCUUUCUUUCUUUCUUUCUCUAAUUUUCCCUUCAAAAAUCUACUUUUUUCUAUUUUUCACCUUCUUCCAUUUUCUUUUCUUUCUUUUAUUGUGUUUUUUUUCUUCUUUUUUUUCUUCCUUUCCUUUUCAUCUCUUCUUACCGUUCUUUUUUCUUUUUCCGUUUUACACUAUCUUUUAUUUCACGCUUGCCAUUUCAUUAUUUUUCCUUCUUUCAUUUUUCUUUCUCUUUUAUUACUUUUUACGUACGUUUUUUUUUCAUUUAUCUUUCUGUCGCAUUCCAAUAUCUUUUCGUAUUUCUUUCUCUUUUUUAAAUUUCCCUAAAAUAAUUCUACCUUUUUCUACUUUUCAUCGUCUUUCUCUUCUCUUACUUUUCUUUUUUUCAUUUGUCCCCCUUUGUCUUUGCACCUCUUUUUGCCAUUCUUUUUUUCUUUUUCCGUUUUCCACCAACUUUUAUUUCAACCUUACCGUCUCCAAUAAUAAUUCGCAAUUAUUCUCACUUUCCUUAUUUUUACUUCUGCUUUUACCUCCUUGUGUCUUUCAUUUGAUUAACAUAUUUUCUUCCUUCUUCUCCAUUUCUAUUUCUUUCUUCUAUUAUUUUAAUAUCCACGCCGACCAAAGAGAAAAAACACCCAUCAUUAACAUUGAUGUGGCCCACUAUAAACAAUUCUUUUUUCCCCCUAAUAUGUAA